AUGGAUACUGAUAUGAUAGAUAAUAUGAAAGUAAAGGAAACUAAUCAAGCAGAACUUACAACUAUUGAGAGAAAAAAUUACACUCUUUAUGUUUCAAAAUUCAAGAGUGGACGAUGUUUACAGUUUCUAAUAUUACCAAAGAAUUACCAUUUAAAACUACUUAUCAAUAAUGUUGUAAUAAUUUUGAUAACAUAUCUAUCAUACAUCUGUUUAAAAAAUAAUUAUAAACAACUAAGUCAUAUUACACUAUUGAUCGGAACAUUCUGCGUUUUUGCUUUGAGUAAUAUCGUCAGUACCCCACCAGAAGUAAAUUCAUUUAUGGUCCUUAAAAAUUAUGGGAUUCAAGUUUCAUCAGUUAAAGGUAUUAAUAUCUUUCCAUACAAGUUAAAUGAAAAGUAUUUCAAAAAAAAUGAAUUUUAUUCUGAGAAUACAAUAGUUGAUAUAAUAAUUAAUGAAGGUUUUAAAAAAGGAUUUCAAGUAGUUUUUUAUCUUGCGUUAAUUAUAAGAGGAGCAAAGAAUUUAACAUUAUUACUUCAUGUAUGUAUCCUCCGGUACUUAAUAUUGCUGCUUCGUUUAAGCAUUAUACUAACAUUUAUAAUGAUUUCUAAUUGA